UUAGGCAUACAAUAGUUCCGUAUAAUCAAAAGGUUUCUGACUUUAAAUUCCAAAUCUGGGAGUCAUCCUAAAUCGACAGGCAUACAUUUGAACUUAUUCAGUUCAAAAACCAACUGUGGAAUCGAUUACAAAUUAGAGAAAUCGCGUCAAAUGUGGUCUUGAGCUGCACACAAGUAGAACCGAAGCAAUUUCACUACGAUGCGAGCGGCGCAACUAAGCAGAGUGUAUUUGUGGUGUGGAUAAGUAAGCUAUCUCAAUAUGACAGAAGACUGGGAUGCAGAAUUGGGAACAGAACCAGUUGCCAUUAUUCCAUCUUUCAAUGAUAUGGCUGGUCUAAUGAAUGAAGACAUCAAUGGCAAUCAGUCGUUUGACUUGAAAGGAUCUGGAGAUGGGAAUGGUUUUAACACGAGCGAUAGAAAUAUAUUUGGCAAAAGUGGAUGUGGGAAGCAGCAAGUUGCAGGCUUUACAGAAGCUGCCACUGGCAACAAAAAUGAAUUUGACCGUAGAGGCGGAAGAAGGUGUGGGUUUGGCAGAGGUGAUCGUGCCGGAUUCCCGAGAGUUGGUGUUCAGAAUGUUGCUGUAAAAGCAAGUGGAGAUGGUCCUUUUGGCAGAGGUGGCUCACUUGGCAGAGGUGGCCCUAGUGAAAGAGGAGGAUUUGGCGGUCAGUCAGGUGAUAGUGGAGGAUUUGGUUUAAAUCGAGGAAGAACAGGCUUUCAGCUUCCCCUUGCAACAAGAGGUGGUUACAGAGGCAGAAAUGAAGAACCCUUUUCUGGAUCUACUUCUAAAUUAGCAGGUCAUUGGAAAUCAGGUGAUGUUGAAGGUGAUAAAAGCCAAGGCCCUAAAGUGACCUAUGUUCCUCCUCCACCUCCUGAAGAAGAGAGUGCUAUCUUUUCUCGCUAUCAGACUGGUAUUAACUUCGAUAAAUAUGAUGACAUUCUUGUCGAAGUUUCAGGAUUCAAUGUUCCCCCUGCAAUACUGUCAUUUGAUGAAGCUCACUUGUGUGAAACUUUGAACAAGAACAUAAAUAAAGCAGGAUAUCUGAAACCGACACCAGUUCAGAAACAUGGGAUUCCAAUUGUACUUUCUGGACGGGAUCUGAUGGCUUGUGCCCAAACAGGCUCUGGAAAAACAGCUGCAUUCCUGUUGCCCAUAAUAGAAAUGCUCCUGAGGGGAAAUGCAGCAUCCAGUCGAUUCAAGGAGCUACAAGAACCAGAAGUUGUUAUUGUAGCUCCAACACGUGAGCUGAUUAAUCAGAUAUAUCUGGAAGCUCGGAAGUUUUCUUAUGGGACUGUUGUGAGACCUGUUGUGGUCUAUGGAGGAACGAGCACUGGCCAUCAAAUUCGUCAGGUUUUACAAGGUUGUAAUAUAUUGUGUGGCACACCAGGAAGACUUCUGGAUAUUAUUUCUAAAGGAAAAGUUGGCCUUGGUAAGGUGCAGUACUUGGUAUUAGAUGAAGCAGACCGUAUGCUCGAUAUGGGAUUUGAACCAGACAUGCGAAAACUAGUCAACUCAUUUAAUAUGCCACCUAAACAAAACCGCCAGACUUUGAUGUUCAGUGCCACCUUUCCUGAAGAGAUUCAGAGGUUGGCUGCAGACUUCAUGAAAAGCGAUUAUUUGUUCCUUGCUGUUGGUCAAGUGGGAGGUGCCUGUGGUGAUGUCCAGCAAUCCAUACUGCAAGUUGACCAGUAUUCCAAAAGGAACAAAUUGGUUGAAAUCCUCACUAACAUAGGUAUUGAAAGAACUAUGGUUUUUGUCGAUACCAAACGAAAGGCUGACUUUCUUGCUACUUUUCUUUGUCAAGAAAAGUUCCCAACGACGAGUAUUCAUGGGGAUCGAGAGCAAAGAGAAAGAGAGAUAGCACUCGGUGAUUUCCGUACAGGGAAGUGUCCUGUUUUGGUGGCUACAGCAGUAGCAGCUCGAGGGCUGGACAUUGAACAUGUACAGCAUGUUAUUAAUUUUGAUUUGCCUUCAACUAUCGAUGAAUAUGUCCAUCGCAUUGGACGUACAGGCCGUUGUGGGAACGUUGGCAAAGCAAUAUCGUUCUUUGAUUCAAAUACAGAUUUACCAAUAGCACGUGCUCUCCUAAAAGUUCUCUCUGAUGCACAACAAGAGGUUCCUAUAUGGCUAGAAGAAUUUGCUUAUGCUGCUCAUGGGACCAGUUACCAUAAUCCACUUGGAAAGGUGUUUGCUUCCGUAGAUACUCGUAAGGGUCUAGGUGUUAACAGAAACUUCAGUGGCUAUGAAACAAAUAUACCAGUGACACAUGGAGGAAACAGUGAAGAUACAUGGGAUUAGCUUCAAGACAUUAAUUUGCUCAAACUCUAAAUUAAUGUCCUCCAAAGAGUUACUAGUUUUAGUAAUUUGAAGGAAGCUUUCAUUGUUGACUUGUUUUGAAGGGAACUUUUUUCCAAAGAUAAGUGUUUACAUUCAGUUCUGCACAUUUUUUUUUGUUUAAUAUUUAAGUUGUAUCACAGUGGUCAGAUACUGCAAUUUUUUUUUUUUGUUAUCUGUAUGACUCGGGGUAAUAAAGUGCAAGUUAGGUUUAAUAUUGUCUAGUGAUCUGCAAAACCCAUUAUGUCUUGUUAUUUUUGAAUUGUCUUUAAUUUGAAAGGGAAGGCAUCAAUGUUCAUACAUUGUUUACAUAGAUAUUGCCAGUUGUGUACAUUACAUUAACAACUUACAUUAAAUGCAGUUUAUUUAAUGCGA